GCCAUUUCCUGUUUCUCGGCAGUUUUGCCUCAGCCUCGGGUGGUGGCCGGCGAGGGGGCGAAGCGGCGCGGCCAGAAGCCCCCCGUCAUCCCCCCAGCCCGUGAAGUCGUCGUCCGAAUCGCCUCAGGUCCGGGCAGCAGCCGCCCCCAUGCAGGCCAUCAAGUGUGUGGUGGUGGGAGACGGUGCUGUGGGUAAAACAUGUCUAUUAAUCAGUUAUACGACCAAUGCAUUUCCUGGAGAAUACAUCCCCACCGUCUUUGACAACUAUUCUGCCAAUGUUAUGGUAGAUGGAAAACCUGUGAAUCUGGGUUUGUGGGAUACAGCUGGGCAAGAAGACUAUGACCGAUUACGUCCCUUAUCCUACCCGCAAACAGAUGUGUUCUUAAUUUGCUUUUCCCUUGUGAGUCCUGCAUCAUUUGAAAAUGUCCGUGCUAAGUGGUAUCCUGAAGUGCGACAUCACUGCCCCAAUACGCCCAUCAUCCUCGUGGGCACCAAGCUUGACCUUAGAGAUGAUAAAGACACGAUUGAGAAACUGAAGGAAAAGAAACUAACUCCGAUCACCUACCCUCAAGGCCUAGCCAUGGCCAAGGAGAUUGGUGCAGUAAAAUAUCUGGAAUGCUCAGCACUCACACAGCGAGGCCUCAAGACAGUGUUUGACGAAGCUAUUAGAGCAGUUCUCUGCCCACCCCCUGUCAAGAAGAGGAAGAGAAAAUGCCUGCUAUUGUGAAUGUCGCAGCCCUGCCCCACUUUGAACCUUGUAAGCUUUGCUUAAAACAGUGGAGCCUUUACCCUCAAUGCCAAGUUUUUUGUUAUGAAUUAGUUUUCUUCCAUAAAAUCACUUUGAACCAAUCUCAUGGUUUUGUUCAAAGGUAAGAACUUGAUUUCAUCUCCUGCUAAAACUUAAACCCUCAGAUGACAAGCCUUAUUUUUCAAAAGCCCUAUUCUUGCUCAGAUUAAGUGUUGCCAAAAUAUCCGCUGAACUAAGUUGCAUUGUUGUGCUGCGAACACUAAGCACUAAACUGUUUAAAGACCAUUGUCUUUAAGAAGACUGUUUAAUUUUCUGAUAUUAGGAAAUGCAAAAACUUUCUAAGUAGUUUUUCAGAUAUGUAAAACAAUACAGUAUCCAUACUGAAAUGUUGCAAUUUAAUGCACACAAUAAUUUAUCAACCCACGUUCAUUAUAUAACCAUGUACUGUAUAUCAGAAUGGAAUGAGUAUAACGAUAUAGUAGUCUCCAUAUUGAUCUGUUUGAUUUCACAGUAAAAAUCCUCCUAAGCAUUGGUUUUCUAGCUCUUGCUGUGAUUUUUAAACAAAAAUCCUGUUCAUUAUUUUUCUUUAAUGAAGUAUUCUUUUCCCUAAUAGUGUUUUGGGUUGGGUUAAGUGAACUACUUGGUUUGAUUAAAGAUAUGACAGUAUUUCCACAUGCUAUGGAGCUGAUGUUAAGAACACUACAUUCUAUGCUGAGUAGCUGAAAACUGAAUAAAUCUGUCACAGGUAAAAGUAAAAAAAAAACCAACACAAUUUCUGUCAAAUGCAGUAGAUGAUAAAGAAAGGUUGGUGUUAUUAGGUAAGUGUUUUGUUUCUAAAUGUUAGCUUUUUAAUUAUUUUUUUCCCUUCUCCCCCCAAAGGAGGGCAUUCAUUUAAUACAACUUUUGAACUGGUCAUUCCCACAGGUGUUUAAACUUAGUAAAUGCUUUCUCUCAUAGCAUCUUUUCUUACUGAGCAAUAUAACUCCUUGUAUUUUAAAAACCUUUCUGAAAUGUAUUCCAGUUUUGCAUUUUUGUAGAUUAGAAAGAGCGCAUUCUUUUCACUUUUUGUUCAAGCUACUAAAUGCUUUCUUUAGUCUCCUAGUAACUAGGUGUAAAAAUCAUGUGAUGCAGCUUUAUAGGACUUAAUUUUUUUUUAUAUACUUUAGAUAGUCUAAAACUUUGAACCUUCUUAAACAUCACUGUUUUUUGCCAGAUUCCCAGCCCCGUAACUUUACUAAUAUUGACCUUGUUCUUUACCUCACCUCCAUGUACACACGCAUUCUAUUGCUUUUCCUAGUAAUGGUACCUUGGUCUGUGAGGUUCUGUAAACUUAGUGCUAGUGCUAACAACGUUCUCUACAUCUGAAACACUGGCAAGGAUACACAAUGUUGGAACUCUACAACCUUUCAACCACUGGAACAAAAUUUUAAAACCGACAGUUGCAAAAUCGUGGAGUGUUUUUACAUUGAUCUUUUGCUAAUGCAAUUAGCAGUAUGUUUUGCAUGUAUGACUUAAUAAAUCCUUGAAUCACAUGAA